AUGACUGAAGUAUCAUCAAAUUCUAAACAAUCAACAACCAAAGCUGCAUCAUCGUCAUUGCUAACACCGGCGGAGAUAACAGUCACUCCUCCAACUCAACAACAACAACAAUCAGAUGCGCCGGAGUCAUCAAAUGCUACACACGCUACGACGGCAAACACAGCUACCACCACUGCCAAUGGAUCCACUAGUAUAGCCAAUACUACAUCAUCAAUUUCAUCGACUAUAGCUCAAAACAACAACAAUUAUCUCAACACAUCGCCUAAAGGAUCGUCAUCCACAGCUGCAUCUACAGGACACGCGUCGUCAAGGGAGAGACCAAGUACUUCAAGAAGAGGAAGCGCCAUACCUCCCAAUGGAUCUACAACCACAGCAACAGGAGCAAACGUCAAUAGUACAUCACCAACUCGUGUCAGAAGCAACAGUUAUAACAAUCCAGAUUUAACUCCAACUCCAUCACAUCAUCAACCUGCGCAAACUGUCACUAGACAACGUAGAUCAUCAUCAUUGAUUCAACAUUUGGAACCAGAUACAUUGGAUACCAAAAUUGAUCAAACUUUAAACCCCAAUGUCAAUGCCAACUGGGUUCAUCA